CAUUAGUAGUUAUUAGUUGCAUAAUUCCUAAAAUAUCGUGCGCUCUAUUAUCAACCGUUUCGUCAUUUCGAAUAUUUCGUGUUUGUGUUGUGAAACUAAAAAACACAUUCCACAGCUGCAAACUGAUAACGUUACACAGUACACACAGCACUUUCUAUUAUUCAGAUCGACGGUGUUAUUGUGAUAGUCCACCAAUUUCGUUCUGAAAUUGAUUACAAUCGGUGAUGAAAAGUGAGAGCUCUGCAGUCUCUGAUUUAAUCUGUUCUUCGAAAUCUAUCACACAAUCUUCACCGGAAGGCAACUACUGAACGUGACAGUGAUUCGUAGAAGGAUAUCGGAGACUGUACGAGGCUUCGGGGACAAGCAUCACAUCAGCUACUUUCAGACAACAGAAGAAUAAGCAAACCAUUUUACUGCCAGUAAUAGUAUUGUUGGUCGUUUUUGUCGUUUUAUAAACAAGCUAGGUCGACAGGUCUCAGUAUAGUUGACUCAUAGCUCAGUUGUUAUAACUAAGAAAUAAUGACUAAUCAAAGUGAAAUUGACAAUGAAGAUUGGAAAGAAAAAUACAAAGCAUUGGAAAAAGAAUAUGAUGAUUUUCGAGAACAGUCUCAAUCAUUGGAACGUGAAUUGGAAAUGGAUCUUGAAGUUCUGGAGAAAAACAACAAAGAGCUAAAAUCAAAAAACAAUCAAUUACAGUUUGAUCUUGAUACAUUAAGGGCUAAAAAUCGUGAUGAACAGCAAAAUCUAAUGAACCAAAUACAUAGUUUACAAGAGGAGGCUAUCCAUUUUCAUGAAAGAGAAACAAACUAUGUAAAAUACAUCAGGGAGUUGGAACAAAAAACUGAAGACUUAGAAAAGUCACAAAGAGAAACUUGUGCAUCUUUAGGAGACUUUGAAACUAAAAUGAAUGAUGCAAUUGAACGAAAUGCACUCCUUGAAGUAGAACUUGAUGAAAAAGAAAGUUUACAAGCUAUGGUCCAAAGGUUAAAAGAUGAAAUUAGUGAACUUAAACAAGAAAUUCAAAGUAAAGAGCGUAAAUUAAAUCCUGAAAUGAAUGAAUCUCAAGCUGCUGCUGCUGUCAGACGAUGUAGCAGUUUUAGAGCAGCAGUAGACAAUAGACUAUCAUCUUCAGCAGAUAACACGCCAAAAAGUCAUACAAAAAGUUUAAGUGGAACUGGUGUAUUUCAUUCACCACCUACCAAGUUAGCUAGAGUUGGUGAUAUUGUUGGAGAUCUGAUGAGAAAAGUAAAUGUUCUCGAACUUAAAUUAGUGGAAGCCAAGCAGAUGAAUGUAGCUAAAACUCAAAAUUGCCCAUUCUAACAAAACGCUUUAUGGCAAACCACUUAAAUGGUUGGCCUUCUAUAGCUGGAUAUUCUGUUUACUGUAUAUGAUGCUGAGAAUACUCAAGUCUUAUAUGUGUAUCUGCUCUCUGAAAUGCAUUAUCCUAUUGACCUAGAGGAACUGUUUCGUGUGUUCAUAUUUCUAAAAUACUAUUUUCUAGUUUCCCACGUUUGAAAAUGUUAUAAAUUUUUUACAACAAAUGCAAUGUAAAGUAUUUUUUUAUUUAAUUAUAAAUUAUUUAUAUACAUGAUAUAAGUACAUAAUUACAUUACAAGAAAACUUAUGACCAAAAAGUUUUUAUUUUAAUAUUAUUUACUUAUAGUUUAGUAUUAAAUAAGGCCUUAACAACGAAACAUGUACCCUUCUUUUGUAGAAAGACAGACAAUAAUAUGUUUGUACAAAUAUUUAUGAUAUUAUGCACAUAAGAUUAUUUUUAAAUCACAUAUGUUUAU